CUAUUAAUUUACGAGGAAUCCCCUAUUAGUUUAGGGGUUGACAUUGGAGCCCCUUCCUAUAAAAUCCUAAUUAAAGCUCUUCGCUUCUUUCAAAACCCUAGUGAUCCUACCCCGGAGCGCAGAAGAAACCUUGGUCGUUCGCCCAUGGCGGAAGCCACCGAUGGCCGAAGCGACACGAAGAAGAAGAAGAAGAAGCGGAACAAGCGAGUGAGCGUGGAGAUGAAGGCUCUGUCUGAGGCCGCCGAUCGCGUCGCCCCGGUCGUCGGCUACUUUCCCUCGGGAUACGAUCCCCGGGGGGAGGGCGCCGAUCCCAGCAUCAAGGUCUUUAGGAACAAGAAGAGGCCCAACCGCCUCGAGCUCGUCGUGAGUCCCAGUGGCACCGGCGUCGACUUCGUUGGCAAGAGCUACGCCGGCGAGGCCGCGGGAGCACAGAUCUGUAGCUACGCGCUCGGGGUCCUCGACAAGGAGUCGCAGACCCUCAGGAUUGUGCCCAUCGCCUCCAACAAGAUCUUGAGAUUGGAGCCAUGGUUGAAGAUGAAUCCUUUUGCUGAUACAGAAGUUUCAGACGGUUUAGCUGAAGAGAGUAUUGCUACAAGCAAAACAGAACGAAAAAUGGUGGAUCUUACUAGUCUUUAUGGAACAAAGAAGGAUAGGGACAAGGAUAACAAAUGGAGGUCGCUGAUCCAGCAACGUAAUGAUUCUUCAGCUCGUGAACAUCUAGAGAACAUUAAUCUCAAUGCUGACGGGGAGAGUCAGGUUCUUGAAGAUACUUUAGAAACAACCACUCGGAACAUUCCACCUUAUGAUGCUUCUGCUGAUACACCAGAGAAAGCAUACCUUUUCGAUGAGAUUAUUCCCAAAGGUGAAAGGAUUCACCUCCUGGAUAUUUUGGACGAUUUACACUCUGGAACAGAUAUCCCUUCAAAAAGUUAUCCAAGUUUUGUUUUUAAUCGUAUGCACAAACUAAGGGAGAUUCAGGAUGAGAAAGAGAGAGAGAAACUGGCUUGCAUAUUCUCAUACAUCUCUCAUCUUCAAAAUUUUUGGGAACGAUCACGCCCUUCUCGGCAUUUUAAGUCCGCUUCUCAUGACAAAUCCACCGAUCACCUCAAGAUUCCACGCAUUGUAUAUCAGAAGCUGCUGAGGAUGUUUUUGGAUCGAGAAUCAAAUGUGCUAUCAACAGAAAAGAAUGAACUUCUUAUUGGGCACAUACUGGUGCUCACACUUUUCGCUGAUUGCUUCCAAACAGACCCAUCUGACAUUGCAAGAGACUUGAAGAUGACUGUCCAGACUCUAAAACCAUACUAUCAACAAUUAGGAUGUAAAAUCUUCCGGGAGUCCCCUUCUGCGCCCAUGUUUAUGAUUCUUAAUGCUCCACUGCAGUUCCCAGAGAUAAGGAGGACUCAGAGACGACGUAAGUAGCCAUCCCAAAUUACUGCUGGUACCAGAUAAUUCAUAUUCAUGCAUACAUCUAUGUGACGGAGGAUGAGCAUUUUUCAUGUAUCUUUUACAAGAGACAGGUCUUGCUAUCUAUUUGCAGUACGAGAAGGAUGAUUGCAGUGCCUAGUCUUUUAUGUUUUUGUGUUUCCUGCUGCUCAAUUGAAUGUGUUCUGAGACGCAAUGCUUAUCUCUGUGCGGAUACGUUUAUCUUAAAAGGGCUAUUAUUAUUAAAUUGACGGCUUUGCAUAUGAUUGGGUGUAAGACAGACUUCCUAGAGACCAAACUCCAAUUUUUGUGGCUACUCAUUUUCUUUCA